AGUACUGCUCUGUGCAGUGUGUUCAUUCUAAUCGGAAACGAUUGCUUUUUUUCAAUUAGAGAGAUACUACAAAAUAUCAUUUAUCCAUAAUUGGUAGGUAAGCCAUAUGUUUUUAUUUCCAUGCUUGUUAUUCAUUUAGCUAUAAAUAAUAACUAGAAUUCUAGUAGGGCUCAUAUAUAAAUAAUUAUGUCAAUUUAUGUCAUGUUUAAAAAUCGUUAAAUUUUCAUGGCCCACCAUCACAACUGUCAGUCUACCUUCUACAGUUACAGCCACGUUACUAUUAAUGACAGUACUAUUACUUCUACAGUCAGUGCAGUCAAUCUCUAACUUUUUACUAAUUGUUAAUAGUUAUGUUUAGUUUUGAUUUGAGUCAAUGGGUUUUAAUUUGUGUUAAAAGUUUCAUUUCAUAAUAGAGAGAGAGACUGAGAGAGUGUUUGUUAUUUUCUUCAUGAUCAUGUCAUAUUAAGUUACUUAAAGGUUUCCAUAGUCCAUAGUACUUGUGAUAAGACAUAUUUCAACCAGGUGCAUCUUUUGGCAGAGUAUGUUCUGUCAAGAGUUACGACAUAAGUUUGUGGGAUCCAUUCUAGUCUAGCAGUUGUAGUUUAGCAUAGAUAAAUAAUAAAUAUAGAUAUAAUAGAGUACUAUCAGAAUAAAGAGGGUGUACUUUACAAUACUUUACAUUAGAUUUGCAUCAUUAAAUUAUAAUAUAAUAUAUAAAUUCAAAUUCAAAGUGUUCACUUAUAUAUUCCACCAUCAUCCUGAUCUAACCAGUUGCAUGUCUGUAAGUCACAUGACAUUAAUCCUUGACAGCUAUCUAAAUAUUUGAUAGAUCAGUUUUAUCACAUUAAUACUCAAUACUGUAUGUUUAAAUAAGAUAGAUAUAGGUUUUAAAAUGCAUGUUUAAAAAAAAAUAGUUAUUAAUCUUUUACAUGUUCCUCGCUAAUGCCUUCUCAUAGCAAUGACUGAGGCUGAGAGUUCACACUUUCGUGGUCCAGAGCCAGUAUGUAUUACUUUGGAAAGAGUCAAACAUAUGGUAAAAAGUGUUUACAUUACCUUAACUCCUUUAGCAGAUUUUUUUAAACAUUUUAAUUUUUUUUUUGUGCUUCUGUGGGUUUAAUGUUAUCAAUUCAAAGUCUAUGAGUUAUACCUCCAAACUUGGCAAUAAAAUGAUAAAAAUAUUAGAGUUUUAAGAUUUUUUUAUUUUAAGAAUUUAAUUUAGUAAAAUAUAUAUUGCAAUGUAAAGAUUUUAAUAUUUAGUGAAUAUAUUCUGAUUUUGUAAAUAGUUAUUAUUUAUGUUUAUUUUUUUUACUUUAUAGCACAACAUAUAAUUAUAAAUAGUAUGAAGAUGUUGUGAUAUAUAUAUAUAUAUAUAAUAUAUAUAUAUAUAUAUAUAUUUUGUACAUUUUAUAGAGAGGUUCAAGAAGUGAGGGAGCCACUGUCUUUAUAAAGUUUGAACUCGGUGAACGUUUGCUUGGGGAAAGCCCAAAGAUUGAGUGCACACCUGAUGUCUCUGCUGAAAGUAAUUUUAACACAUUCCUUAAUAUCAUCUAUGAUGAUCCGUCCUGUCUUGAUGAGAUAACUAACAGGCCAGUUGUCUGUGAGUACUGCACAUGUUAACUUAUAAAAAAAAUAAGGUAUUCUAUAUUCUGACUGAAUGAGGCAAUUAGCUUAGCCCAAUAAGUAAUUAUGAAUGAAAAAAACGUUUUUACUAGUGUUCAAUAAACAUGGCUCUAUGCCAAUAGUGGAUUUUAAAAUGUUUUAACAGAAAACUAGUUAAUAAGUGUGACACAGUCGCUUCAUCUUUAGAAAUAUUAACACUCUGUGUACCACCAUACUUGCUUCAUCUUUAGAAAUAUUAACACUCUGUGCACCACCAUACUUGCCACCCUGUCCAGUACCAUACCUUGCCACCCUGUCCAUUACUAUACCUUACCACUCUGUGCACUAACAUACCUUGCCACCCUGUCUACUACCAUACCUGGCCAAGCUGUGCACCACUAUAACUUGCUAUUCGAUGCACUACCAUACAUUGCGACCCUGAAAAAAAAAUGUAUUAACGAUUUACAUUUUCCCGAUCUCUCACAUUUUUUAAAAACAUUUUAUUAAAUCUCUGUAGAGAAAACUUCCAUUUGAACUUAUUUGUUUCAUACAUAUUGGUUUAAAACAAUUUGGUUUCAUACUAAUGUCUAAUAACCCCUCUAAAUAUAAACUAACCCUUUCCCAGAUCAAUAAUAAUAAUUCUUUUAACCAUCAUUCUGAUUUUUUUCACAAUAAUGACAAUUUUUCUUAAAGUUGCAAUGCAUUGUCUUCAGUGACAGUUAUUGAAGUUUUGCCAAAGGAAAAGCGACAAAAGGAAGAAAGAACUAUAACACUUGGACAGUGCUGCUUAGAUUUGUCUCCCCUUGUAAAAGGCAAGAACUCUUGAUUUGUUCAAUGAAAAGGCUAAUUUUUCAUUAUUUUAGGAAGUUUCGAAAAGUAUGUUUCAUAAAAUUUAUAACUUCAAACAUUUGAAAACUUGGUUUACUUUUUUAGUCUUUUGAUUUCUUAAUAUAAGGAGAUAAAGAGUUGACUAUUAGAAAUGUGCUUGAAGUUUUCAUACUUUCUGUUAGUUGAGUGUAAGGGUUGCUCCCAAUAGACUUCAGUGUACUAAUGGAGAGUAAAGGGGAUGUAUAGAAGUAAAUAGGGGAAAGAUUUCCACAAUCUAUGAAAGAAUGGGGAAUCAGCAAUGCCUAAUUCAUGUUUUCAUAUUUUUUAGUAUUGACAAAAGUUUUCAUUACAAUUAAUCCUCAGAAAAAUCAAUCAAUACAUCCCAAAUGACAACGUGAAAUAUGUGUUAUAAUUAAUUUAAAACCAAUUUGUAAUAUAAAUUUAAAUUUUGUUAACAGAUUUACAAAAAAUAAAUGUUAUCUUUUAUUUACAUUAUAAUUUUUUCUUGAAAUAUAGUAUUUAAAAGCAACUGUUUUAUUUUGUUAGGAUGCACAAAAUUGAAACAAACUCUGCAAAUUCUUCCUGUUCCUGGAUCUCCUUUGGACAAUCUCCCACCAGACAUUACUAAGGUGAGUUGGUCGAAAUUUAUUAGAAGGCUCAUUUCCAUUUGAAUUAAAUAAAUUCAUUAUUUUAUAUGUUGUUUUAAAUUCAGUGAUAUGGGGGAAAGCUAGUCUAUUAAAAUCAAACUAAAAUUGAUUAUCUUAUUCUCUUUUUUUAAAGAUUUCACUUUCCUUCAUCUCACAUUUGGUAAACAAUUUUGCUGGCUUCCUGAAAUUUUGUUUCUAAUUAAUUUUCUUGGAGUUGGUAUCAUUUAUUAAACAAUAAGAUGUGUUGUUUUUUUUUCAAUUUGAAGAGUUCUUUAUUUAAUUUUCCAGCCUGAGGUAGACAUUAAAAUAUCUGUCAACCAGCCAUUGUUAGAUGAAGCCCAACUCCAAGGAAGUAACAUUUUAACCAUAUCAGUUGGUGGACUCUUAUCUCCCCCUGAGUCAUGGGCCACCACUGGGCCACAGUUCACUUAUAGUGCUUCUAUUUCUGUCCCCAUCAGUGAAGAGGUGAGUUGAAAUCUAAUUAAUAACAUACAAGAGAUUGUCCUUCCAAUGAUGAAGUGAUGUAACCAAAGAGGGGAUAAACAUUAUUUUAAUUUUUUUACAUGCAAACUAUAAAAAAAACUUAUUUUAAAGUUUUUUUAUGAUCCUCCCUCUUCGGCAAGGCUUGAAGAUAUGACAUUGUUUCUCCCCUUAGCUUUGUAAUUAUAAGAUUUUUUUUUUAAAUUUCUAGCUUACAUAUUUGUACUCAGUGAAAAGUGAUUGAUUCAUUUAGCAUUCAAAUAUUAAUACUUAAACAAAACUAAUGAUACAGAUAUUGCUAUGCCAUAACACCCAAUGAUACUAGAUGACAUCCCUUAUAAUUGUUGCAGAAAGAUGCAACUGUCGUGUUUACAAAUGGUGCCUUAAAGCCAGCUCAGGACAAAGAUGCACACAAUAAACAAAAAAAGUGGGCUAACCCUGGAACAGCUGUGGGUCAAGCUGUCUUUUUACCUGACAGGUCAGUUGAGAUAACGACAUGACCUUUCUACUUUGAUUUCUUUCUUUCACUAAAAUAGAUUAACACAAAAGGCAUGGUCAACGAUCAGUCAUAUAUUUGUUUAAAUUUCAAUGUGCAUUUUUUGGGAGGGAAGAAAAAGUACAAUUAGAGUUUUGACAUUAUUGGUUUUGUCCCUCAGCAUUGGGGAAAAGAGGGAUUUGAUUUUUUCACCAAUAUUUUAAAAUGUCAUUCAUUGAAAUCAAGGCUGAUUUGAUGGAUAAAAUUGAAAAAGCCUCAAAAAAUUCAAUUGAAAUAUGCCUAAAAUUAUAUUGAUGAAAGGGUCAUUAAAUUUACUCUGUAAAAAAUAUAAACAAAAUGUUUGAAAUUGUUUUCUGUGAAAUAAACAUUUCAUUUAGAUGUUAAUGUUGGUUGGUGGGAUUACAGAUUUUGUAAUGCUUACAUAAUGAAAUAUACUGUUAAUUACUGUUAGUUAAACUGGGGACUACUAUUUAUUGACAAAAUUAUACAAAAAUUAUUUAGAACAGAGAUGUUUAAUUAAGGAAUUCAAAAACAUAGCAUGUACCCUUGAUGAUCAAAAGCAUAAUGCUUGCUAGCCAAGUGGAUAUUUUAACCCCAUCUGCUGUUAAAGUGAUGGUAUCUUAAUUGCAUUCUUUACUCCAUAUUAAGAAUAUAAUAUUGACAAUCUCUAUGGAGAGAAAUUUAACAUUCAGAACCAUUCAAUUGUCUUAAAAUAUUUAGACCAUAUAACAUUUAAAUAUGACACUUCAUCUGAAUGCAUUGCAUAGGAUUUCACUUACCUUUAAGUCCACUUGGUUAAAAUCUUAAAGUACUGAGGAAAUUCAUUAUUCCAUAAAAAUUCAUGAAUCUUAGGACACAGUAUCAUUCUUAUACGUAUUUAUAGUUUACUAUUUUAUAAUAAUUUUACACACCUAAAUAGUCAGCAAGAAAGUUAACAAAACAAAUUAAUUUAAAUAUUUUCUUUCUAGUUAUUUAUUCAGUGAUCCUAUAGAUGAAGAAGAUGGAGACUUAAAAUCAAAGGAAGACCGUGAGCAUCGCAUUAUAGCAGAAACAGAGAAACUCCAUGUCACAUGGAACAUGGAGAGAAGAUGUUAUUUAAACCCAUCUGCUGUUAAAGUGUUAGUAUUCAUUACAUUCUUCAUUCCAUAUUAUGAAAGCCUUUUGUACGUUAAAUGAAAUUUGUAAAUGUCCUUAAGGUUUCAUGUGAUUCCAUAUUUUAGUUUACAGUUUACAGAACACCAAUGUUGGUUAUUAUUAUUUAGAAUUAUUGGUUUUCUGUACAUAAACAAAAGCUUAUUUCAUAUUACUAUAAUUAGAAUUGGAUUUUUUAAUUAAUGCCCAAUGGACAAGGACUUAAUUAACAACAGACUGCGCUUUAAAGUGUCAUGUUUGUAGAUCAUUUUCACUAUUUUGUAAAUCAAUAAAAUGUCUAAUAAAUAUAUAAAAAAAAAUUUUGUGGAUUAGGCCACUGUUAUUAAAAUAGUAUCAUGCUUAUUGCCAUCACUUAACUUACACUAGAAAAUAUCUGUCAAAAAAUAUGAUAGCUUCUCCACUUUAAACAGCUUAGUAUUACAGCUUUUUAAAACAGCUUGUUAAAAUGGCACCAAGACAAAAAUAGUUGAGAGGAAAGGGGAGAAAAUUUUCAUCUGGGAUGUUUUGGUACAGUGGCUUUCCAGAUUUCUAAAUUUAAAAAUAGCAGAAAGCAGGAAACAAUUCCUAAAGAUAAAUAUGUGAUACGCAAAGGUCUGUUUUUAAAAUAAUGACCCAUUAAUGAUUGUGUUUAUUUAUUUGAAGUUUUAAGUUAAAUAAUUACUGUAAAUUAUAUUAAAUUAAUGGUCUAAUUAAUUACCAUAAACUCAUUUGUAACUUCUUUAAAAAAAAUUGAAUUUAAUUUUCUAAAAUAAUUAAAAUAAUUUGAUCGUUUAUAAUUGACCAAUAUAUGCCUUUAUAUUGUCAGAGAAUUAUUAUCUUGAAAUAGUUAUGAAAUCAAAUAAAUGCCAGAUUACCAAUAAUCUGUUUGAAUUGUUAGGUUUCAAGAAUCAAUUGGCAGAUGUCGUUACUGGCCACUGGAAGUCAUGAGGUAUCCAGUGCCAGUAGUAAGCAAAAGUAAAAAGGUAAGAUUAAAGAAUAACAAAGACAUAUAAAAACUGAAACUAAAGCUUUCAUAACUAUACAUCAACCAGCGGAAAGUUAACAAAAUAAAAAGUGGUUUUAAUAUAUUUUGUGUUUAUCUCUUGCUUUGAUUUAUUUCUUGUCAGCAGGGGCAAUUUUUCUCAACUGUAAAAUAUGAGCCAUUAUCGUUAUUGUUCAAACACUAUAGAUCAAGAUUUACCAUCACAUAUCUUUGAGUUUUGAAGCAAACAUGAGAGGUUUUUGCAAGAGUUUAAUAUGGAAUAUGGAAUAUAACAGACACAUUCAUUUUUGUUCAAAUCUUCAAGUCACCAUCAGCACAAAAAUAAUUAGUCACAAUGAGAAAUAAUGACCUAUAUAAAGUUGAUACUAAAAUAAAGGUAGAUAAUUAAAUCUCACUUUGAAAUUCACUUCUCUAGAAAUUUGGUUUUCUAAACUUUGAGCCUGUUUGUAUCUCUCAUUAACUUUUCUUCUGUUUUUGUAGAGCUGGUCACGUAAGGUAAAAAAUAAAGGAAUGCGUCUCUGACUGUAAUAGCUCAGCCUAGUUAUACCAGUAGAUUUUCUGUCAGCAUUAUUAUUAGCAUGUCUUGUUUAUACAGAAAACAAUGUGCUUAGUCUUAUUCAUUGUAAACAAUGUAGAACAGAUUUAUGGAUGUUUCCAAUUUUUGGGGAUAGUUAAAAUUAUUUUUCAACUUGAGUCCACUACCACAUCUACAAUUCUCUUAUGGAAACUUCCACUACCUCUCCAAAACUGAUCCCAAACCCACCCCUCCACUUAAACAUUUCACUUAAGCUCAAACUCCUCUCUUUGAACCAAGUCACCAAAAAAAAUUCAUCACUUCUCUCUUGACUCCUCCCUUAUAACUACCUAAUUAUAACUACCUAAUUUCCCUACAUGCUUCUCCUGACCCAACUCUCUCUGUCCCAACCCUCUCCCACCCCUCUCACAACCCUCUCCCAAAUCUCUUAAAACCUUAUCCACUACACAUUUCCCCAUUCAUCUAAUUUUUUGCAUUAUUAAUUUCUAUUAAGUCAAUGCUCAGCACCUUAGAAUUAAGGAUUAUAGUUUUAUUAUUUCAAUGAAUAACAUUAAAGAUUAAAACAGAUGUCAAAUAUCUAUAUUUAUAUUUCACACUUAUAACACAUUAAAUAUAUGUUCAUUAGUUUUUUAAAAUGAUUUUUGCACAAAAUUUAUUUGGGAAGAAAAACUGAGAUGUUUUGCAUUUAAUGUUUUAAAAUCACUAAUAGAUAUUCAGAAUUUAGGGUGAAGAUAUUUGGAAAAAUUUUCCCUACACAAUUCUUGGGUCAUCAGGUGUGAUCAAAGCAAAUUGGUUGUUGGUAUUUAAAUCUAUUUCUACCUUUUCUUUUACAUUAAAUAAUGAGUGACCAUUGUCUAUAGAUAUGUUUUAGUCUCUAUUCCAUUUGAUGUCAUUUCUGAUAGAAUUCCCAGGCCACUUUGUUAUUUGCAGCGGUAAAAACUGAAUUAACUGUUUUUUUAGUUGUGUUUUUCCUUGACUACUUAAAUUAUUCUUUUGUAAUUGUUAUUUGCAGCGGUAAAAACUGAAUUAAUUGUUGGUUUUUAGUUGUGUUUUUCUUUGACUACUUAAAUUAUUCUUUUGUAAUUUGCACCUUUAUUGUAAGAAAAAAGGUGUAUUGGCUACUAUAUAUAUGAGAAAACAUUUUUGUUAAGUUCUUAAUUCUGGGGUUAAUAAUUUAUUGAAACCUGACAAUGCCACUUGUAAAUGUGAUAACUUAAUGUAACAUUUUUUUCUUACACACCAGUGAGUUUAUAGGUUGGUUUAGGAGCUCCCACUCAUCACAAAGUCAGACCUGACUCAUAUUCAAUCACAAACUUUUACAAUGAUCAUAAACAGCCAUAUUGGGGAUUAGAAAUAAACCUUGAUUUAAAAAAAUAAAUUUAACUUAUUGUCAAUUUUUGUAAUGCAUAUUUAAUAUGAAGCACAUUAGUUAUAAUGGAAAACUCAAUUUAGAAUUAAUUUAUUUAAAAUAUUACCUUCUUCAAAAAUAUGAUAGUUCUUAUGAUUUUAAAAUAUUUGAAAUUCUCAAACUUUCCUGGUAUAAGAAUUGGAUUAAAACUUUAUUUGAUUUUAUUAUUAAUCAUUUCGAAUCAUAAGCUAUUUAUAUAAAAUUAUUGUAAGUGAAUUUAAAAUAAUGUUAAAACAUUGAUCUUAAUGUUGAUAGUAACACAUCUAAAUGCCAAUGAUCAGUAGUCAAAUAAUUAUAACAAUUAAUUAAUUAAAAUUACUCUUUUUAUAACCAUUCUGUUAUUUUAAAUUCUUGCAUUAAGUGAUGUCACAUUUCUCAACCCCCACCUAGCCCUUCAUUCUGACCCUAAAUUACUUGUGGACAGCAAAUUUGUAUAGUUAUUGCAUAUUAAUAAUUUACAUAUACUAUUGUCUUAUUGUAGACUGCAGGUUGGUACAGUGCAUUCAUUGCGUCAAUGUAGACUUCAUGCAAAUAGUUAUCAGUCCAAUUUCAUUGAAAAUAGGUCCUGAUUUAUGAUAAGUCAGUUUAAAUUAGUUGAAAUAUUACCACACAAAAAAUUAUACCUCCAUAAAUUACUAUUUGUAUUUCAUUCAUUUACAGGAUGAAGAAAAUGCAGCCAGCUUCCAUGGUGUGGCAUUUUUAAACCUAGCACCACUACUGUACCCAGGAGGUAAAGUUUUCUGGAGAAAAAAAAAUUGAAACCAUUUUUUUUUAUUGGUUAAACAUUGAUAUGUAUAUAACUUUUUGAGUCUUAAAAAAUAUUAAGAAAAUAAAGAUCAAAUAUUAGUUUGAACACUUAAGGGGGAAAAAACGAACAUUUAUUUAAAUUCUUAAUAAUUUUUACAUCUAAGUUCUGAUAUUAUUACCUGUGUAUUUUAGGGGUCACAAUUUUUUUUUUUUAUGUGACAAAAACUGUUGGUAAAUAAUGUUUAUAAAUGUUUUCAGUGCAGCGUAUCAAAGGUGCUUUCAAAGUUGUAGCAUUCACAGACAAUGUAGUCUCUGAUAAGGUAUUUUUUGAUGAGGGCAUUGUAUGAGUGAAGUUUAUGAGAGAAUGGUACACUUGUUGAGAUUUUAAGGUGAAAUGUCUUUCGAUUUUUAGCUUUAGCUUAAUUAAUGCCUCAAUUACAUUUUUGUUUAUAAUUAGUCUAAAGAAUUGUUCUGAAGAUACUGGUCUUUGUAUUAGCCUCCCUAUUCUCAAAAAUAAUGUAAAUAUUCGUAAGUGUUCAGAGAGUUGUUCAUAACCAUGUUAGGAGAAAGCUAUUUACACAUAUGCAAAGGGUGAAUGUAUGGUCAAUAUGUAAGCAUAGAGAGAGCCUUGUUGAUACAUUUGUUAGCACAGAUUUUUUUUAUGCAUAUGCAAUGAAUGUCAGCUUGAGUUGAACUAAUGAAGUUAAUUUGAAAAUAAUGCACUGUACAUAAGUUGACUACUGUUUGUACAAUUGUAUGCAAUUAAAUUAUUUAUUAUUUUAAAUAAAAGUUAUGUACACUUAUAUUGAACUGCAACAAUUUAAACUUCUUAUUAAGACUAAUUUGUAUAAUGCGUUGUGCCUUCCUUUUAGUAACAAGCUUGUACCCUAAUUUGUCUGUCAUCCUGAACUACAGAUUAAAAGAAAGACAAUGAUUAGUGAUGAUGGUGUAAAACAGGCACCAGCUGUUCUCUCAAGAACAGUCAACUCACCUAUAGCAAAGAAAAGUAUGAAGGAGGGAGAAAAAAAAGAUCAAAAGAAAGUAAGUGUAACUAAAUUAAGGGAGGGAGGUAUUGUGCUAUAGAUUCAAAGGCAAGAUUAAUAUAUUUAUGGAUAUACAUUUAUAGAAAAAAAAUGCAAUUCUAAUUGAUAGAUUUUUGUUUCCAUUGUUUAAAUUGUUUAUAUGUCAUUAAAAUCUCUUAUCAUUCCCAAAAAAUAUUUACUUUAUGCAGUUUUAUUUAUUUUAAUGAAUGUUCUGUUGCAUUUUCUUAUUAUUAUUUAUCUGGUGUGAGUUUUUCCAAUAGAAUGAGGUAAACCUAUUUUCCCCAUGCAUGAGGUUUUGAAAUUUAAAAAUAAAUAAUUUCCAAAUUUUUUUAUUUGCUACACUAAAUACUCCUAACGCAGAAAUUGUAUGAUAAUUGAUUACCAUACUUUAUAAAAUAUGUAAUCAAACCCCUCCCCCCCCCCCUACCAAAAAGAAAUUCACAACAACAAAAAAAAACUUCAUAGCCAGAUAUUUAAUGCUUUCCCAGAAAAUCUGAGGUAUGCAGGUAUAAAAAAAUGCAUUGUUUAAAUAAUUAGCUUUUCUCUACAGCGACCAGGGAGUUUGGUCCCCCCAUCUAGUGAGGCAGAGGUAAAAGUUGCACUAAAAUCAUUGCAGUCUAACUCAGUUGGUCUCAACUUGCAGCUCUUGUAAUGAAUAAGUGUGUCUCUUUUAUGUGUGUGACAAUCCUCCUCAUAAAAGAUGUAAACUUGACUGCUUAUUUCCUAUGAAUACUGUCAUAUGAGAAAUUGUGAAAUGAUUUAAACUCAUACUAAAUUACUGAUUUUUGGAAUAGCUUAACUUAUUAAUUAUGCAAUUGAAUCAAAACUAAUUCAAAAUUACUUACCCUUUGUCUUUCUGCAAAUUUUAUGUAUACUAUUUUAAAGUGUGAAAGUUAUUCUUGACUAUAAACAUUUCAAAUAAAGUUCAUGGGUGGCAUUGUUAUUGUCUUGUAUCCUUUGGAAAAUUUUGUAUAAAGAAUUGGUAUCAGCAGAAUUAUUUUAUUUCAAACUGACUUCAUGUUUUAACUGCUAUGAGAAUGAAUCCUAGAAACAUUGGUGUUGUUUAGAAUUAAUGAUAUUGAUCAGGAGACAGCAGAAAUGCUAUACAUACUUUAAUGUGUUUAUUCAAUGGGGAUUAUCAACAAAAGGAUAUAAAUGUGACAGUUUGCUUUUCUUCUGAAAAUAUUUGAAUGAAAAUCUAAAUUUCAUAACAAGAUUCAAGAGAUUACCAUUAAAAUUCUCUAUUUACAACUUAUACAUACAUAAUUAUAUAUUAAGAUGUAAGCCUAGUAGUGGCUAGUAAUAUAUAAUUAAAGUCGUCAUAUAAAAUCAAACAAAAGCUUUGCAACCAAUGAAGCAAGAAAAAAAAGUCUUGAAAGCUUUAGAAAAAAAUUCUUUCUUCUUAUUAUUAAAAAUUAUUGUCAAGUUUUAGUUGUAUAAAUCUUAGCCUUUCAUGUGACUUUGUUUUUACAAGACAGAACUUACCAAACAAAAGAUUAUUUGGAGAAAUGAUAUAUUCAGUGCAAUAUAAAAAAAGAGCUUGCAAUAUAAAAAAGAGCUUGCAAUAUAAAAAAGAGCUUGCAAUAUAAAAAAGAAGCUUGCAAUAUAAAUUAUGGUGUGUGAUUAAUCUCUAUAUUUCUGUGUGUUGUGGUGUGCCUACAUAGGAAGUGCUAAUUUGUGGAAGGGGAGCAAAGCAGUCUUAUGUUUUACAAUUGAUACAUUUUUUAAACAUUAUUUAAAGGUUUUUAUUAGGAAGAAGAUCCUUGUUGUUUAGAUAUUAUUUUGAAUGUCCUCCAUACCUGUCAAAUGGUAUUGAAAUGUAGUAUAACAACUGUAAACAAGAUUUUUAAGACAAGUCCUGUGAUCAACUUAAGUUAUAUCAAUAUUUUAAUUACUGUAACAAACACCUGAAGUACUCCACACCUGAUUGAAUUUAUUGUCAACAUUUUAAUAUUGAUUUAAACUAUGUAAUGAAAUACUAUUUUAUUGAGAAAAGAUUAACCAGAAUACUAUUAUUAAUACUUUUUAAAAUAUAUAUAUAUUUUUUUAAAUAAGGGCUUAUUAUGUUAUCUUUUUAAAACAUCUACAAGGGGUAACAAUUGCAUGUAUGUGAUGGGUGUACACUGAUGUAAUGUGAACAUGUGUUAAAAAGUUUUUUUCUAAAAGUACUAAAUCAUCGCUUUGUUAAAAUCAUUGUCAUACAUAUCCAUAAAUUUGAUAAAUCUAGAAAUUUCUUAUUAUUAUCAUUUUAAAUCGAAUUUUUUUAUUGUGAUUUGUAAAAAAAAAUUUUAAAUUUUUUGUCAGAAUAAGAUUAUAAUUGCUCAAUUUACACACAAUGCAUCCAGGCAAUUUAUGAACUUAAUCGUUGUAAGUACCUAGAAAUUGUCAGUUUGUUGACUUGUUUAUGUAUCUACUUGUCUUCUUUCUUGUAAUAUCUUGGCCUACAAGUCUUCUCUCUAUACAUUUCUAAUGUUUUUACAUUUUUGCUUUAGAUAAUAGGAAAAGCAUCAGAUUUAAUGAAUGAUACAGACAGCCAACAAUCUAUGAAACUGGAUGCUGUCCAGUACAUUGAAGCAAAGUCAUAUGUCAUGAUUGAAAUAUCUCUGGAUAAACCACUUGUUCCAAAGCGACCUCCAGAAGCAUUGGCCAAAAGGUUGGUUGACUUCAUUUUUUAAUAAACCCUCCGCAGAUAUUUUAAAUCUGGUUUGUGGAAUUAGGAGCUUCAUUUCAGCCUUGGGGGGCUUGUUAAGUUUUUUUAUUACUGGAGGCACCACACUACAUAGCAAGUACCUGCAAAUUCAGGAGGCGGGGGGCAAAUUCCCCACGCUGCCCUACCCAGAUGACGUCCCUGUGCGAAAACUUUAAAAGACACCAACACCAUUAUUUUUUACUCUAUGAUGUCACUGCUACCCUGAUUUUAAUUCUAACAGUUUUGCAUAUUGUAUUUCCAAGUAUUUUAAAUAAUUUAUAUUUAGGGCCUAAUUUUUACAGAUUUUAUAGUCUGCGAAUUAAAACUUUUAAAUCCUUUCUUAGCUUACGGUGUGCUAGAUUUUAUCCUUAGGCCAUAGUUACCCAAUGCCAAAUCCAUCCAUCCAUUCCUGUGAUACAACGGAUGAUGUAGGGCUUUGGCCUGCCUCAUCACAUCAUUCCACUCACUCCUAACUGAUGCUUUUCUUUUCCAUGCUUGUAUUACCAACUGCUGUAGAUAUUUUCCCACAUAAUCAAUCCCUCUUAGCCUAGGUCUGUCUUUUAGUCGAUUUCCUCUGGAGUUUUUGUGAUGCACCCUCUUCACUCCUCUGUCAUUUGGCAUUCUUUCUAAGUGUCCUUCCCAGCACAGCCUGCCCUUUUUUUAUUUCUGCAACUAGUUGUGAACCUGAUAUAGUCUAUAAAAUUCUUUGUUAGUUCAUAUAUUUCAUCCAUAUUCAUCCUUUGUUGGUCCAUAUUAUGUUUUUACUUUUGAGUAUUUUGUGACUACUGAAGUAUGCCUUGUUACCAACUGAUAUUCUUUAUGUUAUUUCUGUUAGUAAUUCAUUUCUUAUAUUUAUUAAGGAACGUAGAUAUUUGAAUUGAUUUAAUUUUUUAAAAGUGUGGUUUCUAAUUUUAAUGGUUUCAUAUGUCGGUUCUUCACUUAACAUAGUCAUUUAUUUUGUGUUUUUUUGGUUGUUAACAUCCAUCCCUGCUUGUAGUAAUGCAUCUUCUAAUUCAAUAAAAGUUGUUGAUAUAUCAUUACUACUUUUCUCUAACAGUGCUAUGUCAUCAGCAUAUUCAAAAUACUAAAGGGGUUGGUUGUAGAGAGAGCCUAUUGGUUGUGGGUCUUGGGUUGACCUCAAAAAGUAACCUGUUAUUAUUCCUCCGGUGUCAAUUUGUAUGCUUUUUAUAACUCUCUCUAAUAUUAGGUUAAAGGCAGUGAAUCUUCUUGUCUUAGACCUUGUCUUAGACCUAAUGCCUAACCCUGUCCUAAUCAAACAAAGUAGCAAAUAUAAUUAGAUGCUUUAAGAAGUUAUGUUAAUUAAAAUUGUGUAUAUUUUUAUUUGCAGAGUAGCUGAGCUCAUUCCUCCAAGGCUUGCUUUUCCUAAAAGAACAGAUGGAGCUCAGAAAGUAAGUUAAGUUAUCUUUACUUGGGGUUAUAGAGGAAAAUAUGUUUGUUGACAUUUAACAUUAAUUUUAUCAUUAUUUAUGGAAAUUUUAUAUUUUCAAGGCUGAAUAAUUUUUGUAGUCCUACUUAUAUUUUUUUAAAAUUACUUUACAAUAAAUUUUUUUUAUAAUGACAACAACAGAAAUUAAAUUGUUAAACGAGCUGUGCUGUUUCAUUAUGGUACCAGAUUAAAUUUUAGUACAAUCAUGACUUAAUGAUUAAUUUUAGUGAUUCAAGAAAUGAUGAUUCUCUCUCCUUCAGGCUGUAGAAGACUACCACUCACAAAUUGCUAGUGUUGCUAAUAUUAUUUUGGAGGAAUUCAGGUAUACAUUUCUAUUUUUAUUCAUAAUUAAAGCUUUUUAAAAGUAUAAUAAUAUUUUAAUUUUACUAAUUAUUUGGCUAAUUAUGAUCUAAAGAAAUAAAACAAUCAAUGUUCAGAUUUUCAUAUGUGUCACAUUAGCCUUUAAAAUAACUUUUAAAAAGUUAUAAUAAAUUAUUCUCUGAUUAAUUUUUUUAUUCUUUAAAUUUUAGUACAUAAUAUUAAAUAGUCCUUUUAUCUAUGAAUCAAGAAAUUUAGAAUCAUUAUAUUUUAAUUUUUUAAUAAGCAUUUUUUAAAAAUAUAAUAUAUUUGUUUUUUUAACCUUGAAAAUUUGAUAACAAUAAUCUAUAUAAUUAUAAAAUUUUGAUUUACAGAGAUUUAUUUGGGGAUCAGGUUAAAGAUAAUGAAACCCAAUCUGUUGAAGACAUGGAGGCAAGGUAAAAAAAUAUUGUUUAUCUCAAAUUUCUAGAAAUAUUUUAUUUCCAGGUAUCACCUGAUCCUAGUCUCUUUUACAUUAGACUUUUUUUUUUGUCCACUAAACCAGGAAGCAAAAACUUGUCUAUGAACUCAAUUCAUCUGGAAAAUAUUUUGCUUUUAAAGAACAGCUGAAGAAUUCUGUGGUUAAAAUUGUUCGAGAAAAAUACCUAAGGACUUCUGGAUUUGAUGACAGACAGGAGUUACAGGUAAGGAGUUACAAUAGAAUGAUAAUCAAAGUAUGAACUGUCUGUAAAGCACAACAUAGGGACCUCAAAAAUAGUUUAAUGAAUUGGAAAAUGUGCAAACAGUAGCUAUGUCUGCUACCUACUAAAUUAUAUUAAAUACAUCAAAGAUUAUUUUACAUUGUCAAUUAUUUUUAAUUAUAGUAACUAUGAUGUAAUAAUAUGCUUAAAUCAUAAUUAAGAAUCUCCUUUUUUAAAAACUGAAUUUUACAUAUUUUAAUUUAAUCAGAAUCUAUACUUUAUAAAAUAGUAGGCUAUCAUAAGUUACAAUUUUUACAAAUAAAUUUAUGACACAAAUUGAACUACAGUUUGUAAAAACAGUCAUUAGACAUAAUUUUCAUUAAUAAAAUUAAUUAUUGAUCUUGCCUAUCGUCCUAAUAGUUUCUACUUUUCAAGUUUUUUCUGCAGCAAUAGUAAAAUGUCUCAGAAAAUGUUUUAAUUUUAUAUAAAAAGGGUGCUAAUGCUACUUAAAAUGUUUAAUUUGUAUAAAAUAAUAUGCUUAUAAUUGUUCUGUUUCUAUUUAUUUAAUUUCAGACAUUCCUUUCAGAGCUGUAUGUUUACCUCAUUGACCAGAUGCAUGUAUCCCUUGGCCAUGUACUUUCUUUGGAGGACCAGCCUCCUAUUCCCAAACCUCUCACAGACCUUGCGCAGCUAAAACAUUUUGCCAGGGAAGCAGAAGUCAAUCAAAACUUUAAUUUGGCUGAAACUUUUUAUAAAGAGGUCAGUUCAAAACUUAAUUAAAAGAAUCAGAAAUAAAUAAAUUAGGCAACUAUCUACUUGACAUAUUUCUUAUAGCAAAGUUGUAGGAUACAUUCUGAAGAAUGCUGUCAUUUGAAAAAAAAUUAACAUUUGAAAUAUUUAUAAGCAUAAUUGAUCAAAUUUGCAUAAUGCUAUUUUUUUGGUUUAAAGUGGUUGCUUUUUCUUAUCCUAACUAGCGGAUUGCAAGAGAAAAAAAUAAUGCUGACUGCUGGUUUGAUUAUGGAAUCUUCAAUUUGUAUAUCCAUGAUAUUUCAAAGGUGAGAUAUUAAUUUUAAAAAUUCUAAGUGUGUGAUUUAUUCGAUUGAUGAACAGAUAGUCUGUAAAUGUUACGGUAGUUAAAUAGGACCUCCCUCCCAAUGAAAAUAUUUAAGGUAAAAUAUUUUUAAGCUCAAACUACAAGGCUCCAUUUGAGCAAAUCUCAAGUUGUUGGUCUGGAGUUCAAUUCCAGCCAGAGCCAAGUCAAGCAAAAACAUCACCAGCACCCCGGGUGGAUGGGACUCAUUAACCUUGGAUGGCAACUCAUCUAAGAGAAGGAAACUCUGAAAUCAUACCCGGAGAUGGAAUCCCAAAAGGCGGAUAACAUUGGUACAAUGAAACAUUCCGACAACUCCUGCACCGUCACUGGUGCCAAGCUGUAUCAUCCUAAUGAUGUUCCCUUGGGUUAUCCUACGGCGUGGAGAGAGGCAAUUUGCUGUUGGGAACCAGCUUAUAAUCCUUGAAGAAUAAUCCCAGGCCUUGUGGAUUUCCUCCUCUGAAGCCCACACCAUCGUCACAUUUUGACAGAUGGGUGCUAGCAAAACAAAAAAACAAGGCUCCAUAUAUUUUUAACAUUACGUUUCUUUUUGGAACACAGAAGUAAAUACAUUCAUCAAUGAAAUAAAUUUCUUUUUGUUGACAUUUGUUAAAUGAUUGCACAAUCAAAUGUACUAAACUAAAAUUUAAAUUUACAUUCACUUUAUUUUCAAUAGAGAAUCUAGUAGAGCAGACUUAAAUAUUUCACGGAAAAAAAAGCUCAAUAAAAAAUUAAAGAACAAGGCUAUAUUGGCAAAAAAUAUGUUAUUUCAUUUAAAAAAUAUUUUUGGGUUUGACAGUGUGAAAACAUUAAAUCAAUAUAAUAUAAUAAUUGAAUGAAAAUAUUGAAAAACAUAAUAGAGGCAGGUAGAUUUUUUUAAAUUUUAAAUUUGGCUUGUCUGCAGGAUGUGCUUUUGUUUUUCUUCACAAAAUGUAAGAUUUAUUAAGACUUUUAAAGUUUUUUCUAAUACCUUGACUUUAACAGGCUGAGGAGUGUUUCAAAGAAUGUAUUUCUAUUGACCAAAAACAUAUGAAUGGGUAAGUUAUAGCCUUUAUUAUUUGAGAACACAACUUAUAGCCUGUAGAAUGAUUCAGUUUGCAUUAACAAAAUAGAAUUCAUUUGUCACUUUGGAAUCUGGGUAUUGUCCUCCUUACUAACUGUCCAUCCAUCCCUAUGGCGCUACAGCCCAUGUAGGGCUUCGACCUGCCUCACUACUUCCUUCCACUCAGACCUAAAUAAUGCUUUUCUUUUCUAAGCUUGGAUUCCCAACUGCUGUAGAUCUUUUUCCACAUCAUCCAUCCAACUAAACCUAAGUCUGCCAUUGAGCCGUUUUCCUCUGGGGUUUUGGUGGUACACUCUCUUCACUUCUCUGUUAUUUAGCAUUCCUUCUAAGUGUGUAGGGUAGCCUGCCUUUACCACAGCAGAAUAAUAGUUCAUUGUUCAUGGUGUUCCAUUAUUAAAAGUAAAUAAUCUAAGUCCAUAUGACUGAAUUGAAAUAUGAUAGGUCUAUAUUUUUUAAAAUUUUAGUUUGGAUGUAUGAAAACUAAAAAUUAAGUGCUGUUAAUGUUUUUUCUUGAAGUAGCCAUGUGUUGAGUGAUGAGUUGUUGGUGGCUAAUAGUUUUUAAUUUAUUUAGAGUACAGGAAGCGAGGUCUUAAGAACUAUAGCAUUUAAUUUCAACACAGAAACCAACAAAAAGAAGAAAAGAGCAGAAGAAAAAGGACAAUAAUUGAAAAGAUACAAAUAGUACAGGUUAUUACAUAGAGUGACACAGCUAACAAUAAACAGUUUGAACUUCUCUGUAUUUACAAAACAAACAUACUUAAUUAACUAACAAUAUAGAUACAUGAUGAUCACAUAGUAUCUGUUGUACUAUAUACAAAUGGCAAUUUAUUUAAUUAUAGAAGAAAUCAUUUAGUAGGGUUUAACUUGUAGCAAGUUCACUGUGUUACAUUCAUAAUCAGUGUAACAAGUGAGGGUUAACAUACAGGUCUAGAAAUUACUAUUUUACGGUCGGCCAUGUGUGGUGUCCAUGUAAGAUGCAUACAACGCAGGACAGCUACUACAAUGUUAUAAAGUUUAACAACCAUUAGUUUGAUACUGUUGUGUCAAUGGCACUGUCUCUUUAAGACAUAGCAUAUUGCAGUAUGUCUAACUAUAUUGAUAUAGCUGUUAGUACGUUUAACCAUUACAAUAUCAUUGUUGUGAGUCAAAGUGACAGGGCCAACAAGUGACUAAAACACUACCUAAUAUAAGUAAUGAACAAACAUCUUCCAUUACUAACACCUAACAAAUGCAUUCUAAAAACACAUGGGUACAAAAAGCAUGUAGCAUAGUCUACUUACAGAGUGUCCAGAGAAUGACACGAGGAGUUUAAUGUGUUCAGGUGGCUUCUUAACCCACAAAUAAGUAACCCAUUGCACACCCCCUGUAAAUAUGGCCACCUGGACAUAUUGGAGAGCUACUAUGUCUGACAUAGACCAAGUCUAUCUAUCGACUGUAUUCUGGCAGACUGACAGUGGGAAGUUUUGGUAAAAUUGACUAUCCUGGAGUAUCAUACUCGAAUAAAAGUAAAAAAGCCGGACCAAAACCCUAAAGACGUAUAUGUGUUUGUUCACGUUUAGUCUAAGCUAUCCAAGAUACAUUCCAUAUUUAAAUGGUCUUUGAGAUAUAAUAAUCAGAAAGGGUUUCAGUCCCCCAUGAAUGAAUUCAAAAACAUUCUUAAUUGUUUAAUAUUAAAAUAUCCUCUUAAAGAUGCAGAGAUACCGAGGUAUAGACAAUAAAAUCCACUUUCCAGCAAGAUAUAAUUUAUAGCAUAGUUCACUAAGAUUUCAGAGAAAUUAAUUUUUGAACUUAUACACAAAGCACAGUUCACCUGAACCUCACAAAGAGGAGCAGCAUUUUUGUUUGUUUGUUUGUUUUUUUUUGUUGUUUUUUUUUUUUGCUUGUAAGGGGAGAUAAACAGUUUUGGCAUUUUUGCUAGUACAAGACUGUGUGAAUAGUGAUAUUUUUACUGGACCAGAUAUAUCAGAGAUAUUCAAGUUACGGUACAUUCGAAAGAUAAUAGGGAUAUUUAAGUUGUGGCACACUGACACAUUUAGAUUUAAAACAGCCAGAAUAGCAAUCCACAAUUCAUUUGCUGCCCACGGAUACUACUUCUAAGCUAAGUGCUAUUUUUUAUUUUAUUCAGUUUUUUCUACUGUUUUUUUCGCUGAUGAAGGCUUCCUGCCAGCACGUUCAUUGUUUUGUUGCGUUCCUUUUUUCAGGUUUAACCCUAUUUUGUUUUCCUCAUUUUAUAUUGUGCUAACCUGAUUGCAGUCUCUCCUCUUAUUACCUAGAAAAGCAAAAGCCUGAUGCUAAUAUGACAGGGCCAUUUGUUCUUGGCUUUAGUAUAAUUUUUUUUGUUAUAUGAGUGGUUCUUAGACGCUUCUCACAUUGGCUAUUUACGGGCACUUAGAAUUUGACUUUUUUACAAAACUGGCAUGUACACAAGCUUGUGUUGUAAGCUUGUGUUGCAAGUUACACAAUGUAAGGCAAGGAUAUGUUCAUACCCUGUACUGCUUCUAAUGAAAUUAAUAUUUUUAAGAUACUUUAAAAACAUGAUUCAAGAAAGGAAAAAAAAAAAAGAGUGUUUGGUCAUCUUUUUCAGCCUGAUAUUAUAUGGCAUUGUGUGUACGCUGACAGAGAGGAAUGAACUUGCUGAAACCUUCUUUGAAGCUGCCACAUGUGUGGAUCCCAACAGUAUACUGGCUUGGACCAUGUUGGGUAGGCUUCAAAACAACUUUAACUUUUUCUAGUAACUAGAUGUGAGUAAUGGUCGAUGGAUAAUGCUUAUAAUUUAGACUACAUGAACAUUGAUGUCUUACUUUCCUAGGAUUGUUUUAUGAAGGAGUUCCCAAUGAGAUACGUGCAGAAAUGGCAUUUAUAGAAGCUGAUAAACUAAACUUUGCCAAACUGAUUGCCCUUAAGGAAGAGGAAGACAAGAGAAAAGCUGAAGAAGAGGCAAAUAGAAGUAAGGAUCUGCAUUAUUUAUUAGAAACCACAUACUUUAACCUGUUAAGUGUAUGUUUGACUGUGUGUGGGGAGUGAGACAGUUGAGUAAGAUUUGAGAAAUUCUUGUCCAAUCAUUUAUAAAUAUUAACACUAUCUAAAUAUUCUCUAUAACCAGUGAUCUUUAGUAUUUUGCUUGAAAUGGUUUGCAACUGUAAAUCACUUAAACAUUUUGUUUUGUCAUUCCUAAGUCAAGAGACAGCUAGCUUAAGUCAAAUCUGUAAAUCUCGACUCCCUUUAACACAAAUAAUUUUUUUUACAAAGCAGAUCUAAAAUUAUUUCUCUUGUCCCUCUAUAAUCUUAAGUAUCUCUGUUUAAAGUAAUGGCAGAUUCUACAGACGCGCAAUCUCAAGAGAUUUCGGAACAGGAAAUGAUCACAGAGGGUAAAAUUAUGAGUCCAGUUGACAAAAAUUUAACACCUGACCUUAUCAAAACUACUUCAUCAGAAAAAAGAGGUAAGCUGGCUUAGAUUUUAUUUUGAAGAACAAGUAUCAGUUAUUAUACAUUAAGAACAUUAUGUGUGAUCUGUAUAAUUAUUUCCUUAUGUCCCCCCUGCUCAGUUUGAUGUUCAUGUUAAAAAAUACUAUCAAAUAAACUUAUAAAGAAAAUAUUUUGUGAAUAUACUUCAGCUUAUAGAAAGAAAGCUGUGGAUUUCAAAUUAAAUCAUUUCAAAGUAAGUCUAAGUACCAGUAUCAUUUAAUUAACAUAUGUUACUACUUUCCUCAAAAUUACAGGUUCCAUCGCAAAAGCAAGCCUUAAUAAAACUCCAAUUGUGUCAAGACCAGUGAGCACAUUUAUGAGUACAGUGCAGCCAGUGAUGUCAGAAACUGAGAGUAAAACUGUCUCAUCUAGGGAAUCACUCCUCCCUGAAGGAACCAGCAUUUACAUGCAAGCUGUUGAUUGGCUGUUAGAAGUUAAAGCUACUCCUGUAAGCUCAAGAUAUUUUUAACUCUACAAGUUUUAAUUUUAUUUUGUCUAAUGAUUUGUUUCUCGUGCACUUAUCAUAUCAAAACCUUUGGCCCUGUGAUAUACAUGAAACAAGACCUGUAAGGUACAUCAUCCAAGACAUUUUGCCAUGUAAUGUUCAUCAACCAAGACAUUUUGCCCUGUGGUGUACAUCAUCCAAGACCUUCUCAUCUAUUGUGUACUUAUAUCAUUCAGGACCUUUUGCCCUAUGGUUUAUGAAAUCCAAGACCCUUUGCUCUAUGGUUUAUGACAUACAAGAUCCUUUGCUGUCUGGUGUACCACAUCCAAACUGUUAUAUUUUGUGGUGUCGCUACACAUAUCAGGUCAUGAUAAAAAUUUUCUAUGCAUGUAUCAUUGCCUUCUGCAUCACUCUUCUAUUUCAUAAAACUUCAAAUCUUCUCUGUGUAGCCAUGUGUUGACGUGGCUUAUUACAGUUUAAAUACACAAAACAAUGAAAUGCAGGUCUGAGAACUAUAGCUUUUAUUUUGUGGUCCAAUCCGUUGAACAGACAGUCAAAUCUCUCACAAAGGCAGCUGACGCGACGUAUCCAUUACACACACUCCAAGUCUCAGUUCACCCCUCACAGGUUAAAUCACCCGCCUUAAAUAGGACACAGUCACAGGGAAACACAUCACGAGCAAAUCAUAGGUCGACCUCGGGGCAGGGAUGGUCAUUCACGCGUGUAAAUAACAAAACAUAAAAUUUAAGGCCCAGUAUACAGCUGUGUUACUUUAAAUGACAAUGGAUGUGUACAGUGUACAUGCUUGGCGUUACCCACAGCAGUUACACUAUGAGAGUGAAUUCUCUUACUUCUAUCGGUGGCAUACUGCCGCAUAUAAAAUGUUACAUAAAUGCAGUUACAAAUAGUGGCACAUUGAUGGAUAUGAUUUAUAAUACUUUUUUUUAGACAUUUCAAGUGGUGAGCUGAGAUUGUUCCUUUUAGCUCAGUUAAUUUUCAACAAUUAAUGUUUGCGUUAUUAUUACAAGAUUUCCCUCCCAUUUCCCAAGAAAAUAUUGUUGAUUCUUGGAAGAGUUGCUUGUUUCGAUCACAAUUUUAUAUAUGGGGCCUCAUUGAGGAGUUUAUUACCUUAUAUUGUCCUUUAUUUAUGAAUGAUUUCAUCAUCAUCAUCAUCAGUAGUGCUACGUCCAAUGUAGGGCCCUGGCCUGCUCCACCACAUCCUUCCAUUAGGAUUGAUCCAUGGUUUUCUGCCUCCAUGUGCAGACCCCCUGGUGGUGAAAGUCCUUCUCUACAUUGUGAAUCCAUCUCAGUCUUUGUCUGCCUUUAGAUUUCUUCAUGUAGAUCACUUUUGCUGCUCUAAAUUCUGGCAACAGGAUUCAAGACGCAGGAAUUUCAGUACUCUUACUUCUCGCCCAAAAAUAUAUGCUGUAUAUACUUUUAUUGAUCCAAGUGUUAACUACUGAUAGUCUUCUGUUUUUAAUGGUGAUAUAGAGAGCAGGUUUUUAAAAAAUAUAAUAUAACUGUUAAUUUCUGUUCCUAAUGGUGUAAUAGUAGUAAUAGUGAAAAUAAACACACAAGUGGUCAAUUAUGCCAAUAUCAAAAUCUAAAUAUAAUUUCAGUUCACUGAACGAGCCCUGGGUCAUGAACUUGUAACCUCUCCAGGAAGUCCCACAUCCGCUUACCAACUAGCCUUGGCAAGACUUAAACUGCAGAAAGGGGACUAUGCUGAAGCAGAGCAAACCCUCAAUGAGACCAUUCAAACAGAUUUUCAGGCAAGUUUUUCUAGGGUGAAAAAAAAAGAGAGUCAAUUGUAUUUUAUCCAAGGGUUAAUCUUUUUCAAGCUUAUAGAAGUAUGACCAUUUUGUAGUUUAUAGCUUUUUAGUUUCACUAAGUGUGGUUUAGGGUAAGGUAAUUUUCCCCAUCUAGGUAUCAUUAGCCAUAGGAAAACAUGAAAAAGGCUUAGAAACACUAAACUAGAAUUAGAAGUGGUUCUGAUUAGUCUAAGAAUUUAUACCAACAUUCAGCAUUGUUUUAAAUUUUAAAAUUAUUUUAUGAUUAUUAGAACCCAGAUGCAUGGUCCUUGCUGGGACAUGUCAAAUAUUUAACCAAUGAUCACAUAACUGCCAGAGACUGCUAUGAGCGAACACUUGCAUUUGUAAAUGAUGCCAGUGAAACACAUUCCAUAUACUUAAGACUGGCCUCCAUUUACUUGCAAGAAGAGAAGGUAAAUAUUUUGAUGUCACCCAGUACACAGCUAACAUUUGGUUAAAUCAUGCAUUUUGAAAAAGCAAAUAAUUUUUGCAGAAUUUAAAAUUGCUAAUCUCAAAAUUCUUUGUUCCUCGGUAGAUAAACAAGUAUUUUUAUUACAUUAGAUUAGAUUUGGAAUUAAAAUAAUAAUAGAAAUAGAAUGAAUUAAUUGUUUUCACAUAUUUAGAACUUUUGAUUUCACAAUUUUAAAAUAAAUCUGAGAUGUUUGGUGAUAUAAAUUUAUUUGUAAGGAUAUUUAGUUAAUUUUAAAAUAAGAUACCAUAUACAUGCCAUAUCACGUCAAGUCCCAAAGUUAAAAUUAUAAUAGUAGCCCUUCAGUUAUCUGCUUUAUAAAUGUUUCCUUUAUUAACAGUAUCAAAAUGCCAAGGACACUUUCCUGAAGGCUUGCAAAAGAUCUCCCUCAUGUAUAUCAUGGUUGGGGGUUGGAAUAGCAUGCUACAGGGUGAGCUUUCAUGAAGAACGAUUUUUAAUUAUGAUUAUUGAAAAGUUAAUGAAAGUUUAUUUUCAGCAAUGUUAGAGAGCAAUGGAUAAUAUUUUAAGUGCAAUUUAAAUUUCUGAUAAUGACCCACUUUAUUUCUUAAAUUUUUUAUUUUUAUUAUCUUACUGUAUUAGUUGCAUCAUAACAGUUAAGAUUGUUUUAUAAUCAUUUGACAUCACAGCUGAAUGAACUGUCAGAAGCAGAAGAUGCCCUCUCUGAAGCAAAUGUUUUGAACAAUAAUGAUCCUGAGGUGUGGGCGUAUUUGUCUUUAGUUUGUCUGAAGACUAAUCGACGGCUGGAAGCUGAGCAGGCUUACAAAUAUGCUAUAAAAGUAAUUUCUAUAAUGUAAUAGUAAUAGUAAUGUAAAAUACAUGUAAGAAAUGUAUUGUUUAAUCUAUUAUUCCACAGUAAUAAAUUAAUAUUAAUAUUAUUAUGUAUUUUUAUAAAAAAUAAUUAUUAACUGAUUGAUUCCUAAACACAUUAUAUACUGUUAUAAUAAAUUAUAUUAAAUUAUUUAACACAUUUAAAUAUAUACAUAUACUGUUUUGGCAGUUAAAUCUUGAUGACGGACCACUUCUUGCUGAGAUCCACAGGGAACAGGUGGCACGAGGAUUCGGCAAUCCUUCAUUUUAAAAAUUAAUUCCACACAGCAGUCAGAUUUUUUCAAAAAAUGUUAGUUUAUUGGUUCAAUUUAAAAUCCUGUCAACAGUUGGACUCACUUUCUUGAAUACGUUAAUUUUUAUAAAUGUGUUUUAAAAUUGAAAGCAAAAAAAACUAUUUGUUUACUCAGCCUUCAUUUGAGAUGGAUGUGCAGUGAUAAAAUUAUUAUUAAAAUUAUGGAUUAACUGUUGUCAUCUAUUUCAUAUGGAUAAUGAUGUUACCCUACUGUCAAAUAUAUGUUGUUUUUUUUCUUUUAAAUACGUUAACUCAAAAUGUCCAAUUCCAACCGGUAACAGUAACAUCAGAUUUAUUGUGACACUGUCCAAUAAUAAUAAUUGAUAGUGUCAUAACCUUGCAAGAUAUUUAGUGUCUAUAUUACCAUAAUUCUCAAAAUAAUUGGGCCUAUAGGUAUAAGGGUAACUAAUUUAAAAAUCCACAAUUUUAAAUUGUGUGAUUUGUGAUGCUGCAACUAUGUUUAAAGAAGAAAUAAGUUGACGGAAAUAAAUUAUCGUUUGAAUGCAAAGAAUUGUAAAUAAAUAUGAAUUAUUCAUAAAUAACUUUACAAAAGAUUUUAGUACGAGAUUCUCAUUCUAACCUGACAGUAUUUGCAACACUAUUUAUGGACAUGAUAUAUUUUAAUAACAAAUUUCAGCAAGUUCAACAAAAGAUACAAAUUUAAGAUAACAAUUUACAAAAUAGUGCAGAAUUUUAAAAAUAUUUUAUAUUAUUAUAAAUUAUAGAAAUAAGUAUUUUAUAGAGCUUUAGGAUAAAGUUGUUACAAGAAAACUAAAUAUGUUUAGUCCUUCCGGGUACUUUGAUAAAAUAGUAUACAGUAACAUUUAUUUGUCAUGGUUCCUAAAAUAAGUUUUGUUGUAAAUUGACUAGCCUACAUGCUCUGGGAUCGACAUGAAUAAAAACUAAAUUUGAUAUAUAAUAUAUUAGAAGGGUUUUCAUAAAUAAAUAUGUUGAUGCAUAAACUCUUCAAAGCCACACCAUAUUUGUGCUGUUGAUACUUUCAAUCAGAUAGUUUUUUUAAUAUUUUAAUUUAACUUCUGUUAAGUUUUGUACAUUUCAUUACUUAAAAGGGUUUUUCAAAUUUAAGGAUAAUAAUGAAAAUAGAAAUUUGAAAACUUUAAAUAGACCAUGAAUGAAACUCUCACAGGCCUAAUUAUAUGCAGGAGUUAUUAAAAAUGAAAUAAUUGUUAUUUAAUUUUUUUUAUUACUCUUUUUUUUCAUGCCGCCAUAAAAGAGCUUCUAAAGGCACUAAGUUAUUUUAAAACACACAAGAACCAUCUACAGAAAACUUUUGGUUGGGAUGACAUAUUUUUAUUUUAUUGCUGGUCUUGUCUUUUAAAAAUUGAAUGCAAGCAUAAUUCAUCAUUUUGUUUUUUAACUUUCCCUUUCUCUUGUCUUUUUACCAUGUCUGUCAAUGGGAAAAAUAAAUUGAGAAAAUUGUUCAAACAUAGUCAAGACUUAAGAUUUUUUUUUUUUAAACAUCCUUUGAAAAUGUUUGUACCGGUACAUUUAUGGAAAACAUAACUUAAACAAAAAAGAUACCAUUAAAUGCAUACUAUGACACAAUGCACAGGGUUAUAUUUUUGUCGUAAAUUUUUAAAAUAAAAAACCUGAACUUAAAUGUCAUCCAAUUUAAUUAAUUUAAAUUGUGCAAGUUUAAUGGGGGAGGGGGAUUAAUUCAGUAAUUUUUUCCCCACAAAUAUUACAACUCAGACUUCCUCUUUGUUCAUUGUCACAUAUAUUAAUAGUACAAUUGUUCUAACAUAUCAAACUUUUACUUCCAGGCCUUGAUUAAAAUAUGACUAUACUAUUUAAUAAAAAUUAAUUCAUUCAUUGUUAAUUUUUAAGGAAAUGAUCAAAUUUGCAAUUUUAAGUUAUUUGUAUGGGCCUAAUAUAUAAAAAAUAAUAUUUUUUUAAAAGUUGAUUAAACAUACCUUAUGACGAA